CAAUGCUUUUACUGUCACUUUGAUACCUAUUUUUCGAUGGUAAACCCUGUUUCAACAGGAAAAGAAAGCUGUUUAAAGGUGAAAUCUGAGUAGAAGGAAUUGCUUUCUACCAUCGGAACACUGUUUAAACACCAUACAAACUUGUUUCCAAUACCUCUAAAUAUAGUGCUGCAACCCUGUCAACCCAAUUCUUCACAGCACCCUUGCAACUCAGGUAUCAAAGUGAUGUCAAAUUGUUGGCGUGACUGAAAACCCUGUUUCAACGGGAAAAGAAAGCUGUUUUAACAGUGAAAUCUGACAAAACUGGAGUGCCAUGGUAGCAACUUCCAGUCAUGGUCUGUUCUCGUUAUUCAGUGAUGACAAACCUCUUCUCAGUUGCCAUGAUUUGAAUAUUGUGUAUUGUGUCAACCCAGAAGAAUCAGUGGGCAGAGCCUUAUUCAAAUAAAUCAUGGAUAUCCAAACUGAGCAGGAAUUGUCCCCGGGCCCACCGACGUGCUGGCACACAUUGGCUAUAUUCCUCGAACAGUCAUUCAGUACGCUAAGUACCUUCUAAGAGGCAACAGUAACGUUGAACUUUUCAUGGUCAAGGCAAUUACUAAUAUUCUACAAGUACUAGAAGACGAAGCACUGUAGAUUCCUGAUAGGUGCAAACGUGUGCGCAUCAGGUCACUAGCGAUGAUAAGUACUUGCAAGGCUAGUGGUAUGUUUGAAAUGAGGUGGUCACCAUCAACCUUUUCCUGGUCUUGUUUGAAACCACCAGGAUUCGAUUUGAAAGAAGUAUCCGUCGUUAACCCUCUGGUUGAAGAAGCUGUUGUGCAGUUUACGUUGGAAAAUCCUAAUUAUUUGUUGGAUGUACGUGUCACGCCCCAAAGCAUAAAGUAUAAUGAGGCUCCAUCUCUUCAUCAGGUGGAUACCAUAAAAGGCCUAUCUGCAGGGAGACCUGGCAACUUAGUUGGCAAAUAUUGGGAGAAGCUGAUAUUUAGCAAUCUCAAGGAAUGUGUGAAAAAUGAGUAUUCCUUCAAGGAAGAGGCAUGUGGUUCCACUGCUGCUAGCUCCUACUUAAAUUUGUGUGGACAUCAAAGCAAAACAGAUACGAGAAAAUCGAUAGAACAGAUAAUUAGAGAUAAAUAUAGUGCAAUGAUAGUCCAUUGUCCUAAUACCAACGCCUUUGACUUGGUCAUCUUUGAUAAAUGCAACAAAAUUCAUGCCAUUCAGGUAACCGUUCAAACCGCUGCGAAGAAAUGUAACGACAGUGACUUUUUCAAGACUAAAAAUAUUCACUUUACGUAUUUACUAGCGCCUUAUAAGGUCGACGUCAACGCUAUUAAAUUGAAAUCAAAGUUAUAUUAUGCAUAUGUGGCGUAUGGUUUGCGAAUUGUAAAUGGAGCCAGUUUUCUAACUCAGAAAGAAUUGAGUACCGGUACUUUUCAAUUUGGCGUCGAAGCCACUUGAAGAUCUGUCUUGGCGUGGAUUAAUAAAACGGGUAUUUCAUCUUCAACAUCUUUAUUGCCCAUGUGGAAAAAGGGACUUCCCUUCUCAUGAGGCUUGAAAGAAACCACCCCGAACAUACGGAAGAUUGCUGAAGUUUACCCCCUCUUAUUUUGAAACGAGCGCGGUGACCCCCAUUUUUAUUUCAUUUAUUUCUGAACUUCACUUGUAUCGAUCUUUGUUUAUGCAAGGUUUCAAAACUUUUCUCUAAGUCCCGAACUACCUUAAAUUAUAUGCAUUAAUACAUACAGUAAUUAGACUAUUAUAUAUUACUUACGCGCAUAUAACGAGACGAGAUUAUACAAACAAUGACAUGUGUCAAGAACUACAAAAGUAGUUAAAAUUUUCGACCGCCAUAGCGAACAAAACAAAACGAGGUCUGAAUUGCCCUUAUUCAUAAUGACGUCACAUCAAAACAAUCUAUUGUUUAAACGCAAAGAAUCAUGGUUGCGGGAGGGGGACAAAACAGCAACAACACAAAAAAAAUUGAGAUAAAAUUCGUUUUAUAGACCAAAGAAAAGCGGUGACAGCCAUCAAGUGCAAUAAAUAUUGCUUAUUAAACAUUAGUGCAUCUCAUAUUUGAGUCCCAGGCCAUUUGAGUUCAAACUUUUCUUACCAGAGCGAGUUUUAAACGAAUUACUAUUGUUCUAGACAAUUCUGUCCCCCUCAUAGACAAGCCCUGACGUCAUCAUGAAGAAGAGCACUUAAAAACAAUAAACGGAAUAUUUAUUGGACGCUAAAACAAUUGACAGUGAAAUGAAGAACUUUCCUAAUUAAGCAUUGUAAUAUAGCAUUUGUAGCAUAGAUUUCGUAAUUCCAAAAAAGUAUCCAUCCCACUCCCGCCCCCCACGGAUGGAUUUUUUCACACAGCCCUUUGGAAACAACUUUUACAGCUUAGAGAGUUACU